GAGAAAACUGAAAGCACCAUCAUCUGUUCUUUCACGAGGAGACGGAGAGAAUAAUCCAGAGCACAUAUGAAUAAAUCUGUUGAGCAGUUAGGAAACCAUAAUCAGUAAUGAUGGCUGAAGACACAGACAAUCACAACACUUGCAACAGAGACAAAAGCAUUAAACGAGAGCGAUCACAUUCCCCUGUACUCAGUGUUUUAUCCAUGAAGAGUGACAAAUCAAUGAAAAUACCAAUUCAGUUAAAAACUGAAGAGCGUCUGUUUAACCAAAGUUCUGAGGAGAGAUCAGAUUCACCUGUCCCCAGUGUUUUGUCCAUGAAAAGUGAUAAAUCAAUGAAAAUACCAAUUCAGUUAAAGGAUGGAGUUUUUGCAUCUGAUCAAAGUUCUGAGGAGAGAUCAGAUUCACCUGUCCCCAGUGUUUUGUCCAUGAAAAGUGAUAAAUCAAUGAAAAUACCAAUUCAGUUAAAGGAUAGAGAUUUUGCAUCUGAUCAAAGUGCUAAGACAAGACCAUAUUCUCCUGAUCCCAGUGUUUGGUCCCUGAAAAGUGACAAAUCAAUGAAAAUACCAAUUCAGUUAAAGAAUGGAGUUUUUGCAUCUGAUCAAAGUUCUGAGGAAAGAUCACAUUACCCUGAUCUGAGUGUUUUGUCAAUGAAAAGUGAUAAAUCAAUGAAAAUACCAAUUCAGUUAAAGGAUGGAGAUUUUGUAUCUGAUCAAAGUUCUAAGACAAGACCAUAUUCUCCUGAUCCCAGUGUUUGGUCCCUGAAAAGUGACAAAUCAAUGAAAAUACCAAUUCAGUUAAAAGGUGGACAUUCACUGCUUGACCAAAGUUUCCUAGAGACAUUGAAUUCGCCUGAUCCUAGUGCAAUACAAAUGCCAAUUCAGCGUAGAGAUGACAUAAAUCUACCACAUCAGAGAGAUGAUGCACAAAAUCCUGAUCAAGAAAUCCAACAAAGAUUAAAAUAUAAUAUGAAACUGAAGCAUCUCUACAUUUUUGAAGGACUGGCAAAGCAGGGAAACCCAACACUUCUGAAUGAAAUCUACACAGAGCUCUGCAUCAUCGAUGGUGGGAAUGGAGAGAUCAAUAAUGAGCAUGAAAUUAAAAGGAUAGAAAAAACAUUAAAAAGUGCAGCAGGAGUAACUACACCAAUUAAAUGCAAUGACAUCUUUAGAGCUUUACACGGACAAGACAGACCCAUCAGAACUGUGCUGACAAAGGGAGUUGCUGGCAUUGGAAAAACAGUCUCUGUGCAGAAGUUCAUCUUGGACUGGGCUGAAGGGAAAGAGAAUCAGGACGUCCAGCUCAUAUUUCCACUUCCUUUCAGAGAGCUCAAUCUGAUGAAAGACAAAACACUCAGUCUUUCAGAUCUUCUUCAUGUGUUUUUCCCUGAAACCAAAGAAAUGGAAAUAUCCAGUGAAGAAUAUAAAGUGCUGUUCAUCUUUGAUGGUCUGGAUGAGUGUCGUCUGUCUCUCAAUUUUCAGAGUGAUGUGAGGUUGUGUGAUGCAAGUGAACCAGCCUCAGUGGACGAGCUGCUGAUGAACCUCAUUGUGGGGAAUCUGCUUCCCUCUGCUCUCAUCUGGAUCACCUCCAGACCAGCAGCAGCUGAUCUCAUCCCCUCUGAGUGUGUCCAUCGAGUCACAGAGGUACUAGGCUUCAAUGAGCCACAGAAGGAGGAAUACUUCAGGAAGAGAAUCAGUGAUCAGAGUCUGGCCGACAGGAUCAUCUCACACCUGAAGUCAUCAAGGAGCCUCUACAUCAUGUGCCACAUCCCAGUGUUCUGCUGAAUCUGAGAGAUUCCCAAGACUCUCACUCAGAUGUACACACACUUCCUGAUGGCACAGAUUAGCAUCAAAGACGCAAAGUAUACUGAGAAGGACAACAAGGAUAUGGAGAUGAUCUUCAAAUUGGGGAAACUGGCAUAUGUGCAACUGGACAAGGGAAACCUGAUCUUCUAUGAGGAAGACCUGAGAGAGUGUGGCAUUGAUGUGACAGAAGCAUCAGUGUACUCAGGAUUGUGCACUCAGAUCUUCAGAGAGGAGUUUGGCUGGUAUCAGGGGAAAGUCUUCUGCUUUGUUCAUCUCAGCGUUCAGGAACAUCUAGCGGCUUUAUAUGUGAUACUCUGCUUUCGCAACAUCAGCAAAAAUGUGCUUGUUGAAGGUGAAGCCAAGACAGUGUCAAUCAUACUCAAAUGUGCAAUUGAUAAGGCUUUAGACAGUAAGAAUGGACAUCUCGAUCUCUUUCUUCGCUUUUUCAUGGGACUUUCGGUGGAGUCAAAUCAGGCUCUUCUAGAAAGGUUUUUGAAGAAAAGAUCUAUCAUCGCCCAGGACACAGCGGAAACUGUUGAGUAUCUCAAGGAAAUGAUUGUAAGAAAUUGUCCAGAUAAGAGCAUCCUUAUGUUCCACUGUCUAAAUGAACUUAAUGAUCAUUCACUAAGUGAUGAAAUCCAAAAGUACAUUGCCUCUGGAAAAGUUAGCGAAGAUAUCCAGUCCCAGGAACUUGGCUUGGCUCUUUUGUUUAUUUUAAUGACAUCUAAUGAGAACUUUGAUGAGUUUGAACUACAUAAAUAUGGCAGAUCAGAUGCAUUCAUAAGCUGGCUGUAUCCUGUGAUCAGGCUGUCUACAAAAGCUUGGAUGUGUAACUGUAAUAUCACAGAAAUGGGAUGUUUAAAGCUGUCUACACUUUUGUCUUCACAUUCCAAUGUGAGAGAGCUGGAUCUGAGCCACAACAACCUGCAGGACUCAGGAGUAGAAAUACUCUGUGCUGGACCAAAGGAAUCAAGCCGUGCAAAACAACUAAUUCAGCAAUGGUUCAGCAGUAGACCAUGUCAUCCAAGCAAUCAGCGUUUGUUUGAGGAUAUUGCAAGUCUCACAGCUGGACUACAGGACGCAGAGUCUAGACUGGAAUCUCUGAAUCUGAAGAACUGCACAGUAACAGAAGCAGGCUGUGUUUUCCUGAGUUCAGCUCUGAGAUUGAACCCUUCUCAUCUGAAAGUGCUGGAUCUGAGCUGGAAUAAUAUAGGAGACUCCGGAGUGACCCAUAUCUGUGCUUCUCUGGACAAAGCUCAUUGCUCAUUGGAAAUACUCAAGUUAAAUAAUUGUAAUGUAACACAUAAAGGUUGUGCAGCAUUGGCUUCAGUACUACAAACAGAUUCAAACCUGAAAGAACUGUCUCUAAGCAAGAAUGAGCUCCAGGACUCUGGUGUGAAACUGUUAUCUGUUGGACUUCAUCAUCCUCACUGUAAACUGGAUACCCUGAGGCAAGAUUAUUCUCAAUGGCUUUCAUAUUGCAAAUUUAAAGCAGAAGGCUUUGGAUCCCUCACUUCAGCUCUGAAGUCAAACUCUCAGCUGAGAGAACUGGACGUGGGCAACAACAGACCUGAAGAUGAUGGAAUGGAGCUGCUGUCAACUGUUCUUCAUCAUCCAAACUGUAGACUGAAAACACUGAGGAUGGACAAAUGUGGAAUCACAGAGAAAAGUUGUGCUGGUCUGGCUUCAGCUCUCAGUUCCUGCACUCUAACAGAUCUGGAUCUCAGUAUUAAUGAUCUACAGGACUCAGGAGUGAAGAAGCUCUGUGUCGGACUGCAGAAUCCUUGCUGUAAACUAGAGAAGCUGAGGUUGUCCAACUGUAGUAUUACUCAUGAAGGUGUGAUGUCACUGACUGAAGCUCUGAAAUCAAAUCCUUCCCGCCUUAAAGAACUCGAUCUGCUGGAGAAUGAUCUGGAAGAAUCAGACUUGAAACUGAUUGGUAAUAUUAUUUAA